AUGAUUGCGGCUCCACCAUCUGGAGCUGGAAGUUCGGCUUCGCCGCGGGAUUACGACUAUCUGUUCAAGUUGUUGAUCAUUGGAGAUAGCGGUAAGGUUUUGAUUGAUGUUCUUUUGUUUUUAGAGACAUUUACUUGAUAUAUAUGGUUAUACAGAGAGUUUUGCUUGCUCUUGCUGUUGACAUCAAGAUUUAUAAUAAAAUUUUAUUUUAUUUUAAUGAAAUUUGAUAUUUCAAACGCCAACUGAUGAAUAAUAUCUUUUCAGGUGUGGGCAAGUCGAGUUUGUUGAUGCGAUUCGCUGAUAAUGUGUUUUCGAGUAAGUUCAAACUAUUCAUUUUUUAUUUUCAAUGUUUAGACAGCUAUAUCACGACGAUUGGCGUGGAUUUCAAGAUACGAACGAUAACCGUCAUGGAUAAGAAGGUGAAACUUCAAAUAUGGGAUACAGCUGGUCAGGAAAGGUUCAGGACAAUAACUUCAACGUAAGAAGUCUCUUUUGGGUUUGAUCUUGCUGUUCUUUAAGGAUUGGUCUUAUAAACAUAGUGACAGGCUUAUAAACGAUUUUGUUUGAGGUAUUAUCGCGGGACACAUGGUGUGAUUGUAGUUUAUGAUGUUACAAACGGCGAGAGCUUUGGCAAUGUGAAGAGGUGGUUGAAUGAGAUUGAGAAGAACUGCAGCAAUGUUCCUAGAAUAUUAGGCAAGACUUUUAUAUUCUUUUAAAUGCUUAUUUCUUUAUUUUUCUCUAGCUUUAUAUGAAGUUAGAUUAAAGUAGCUUAUUAAAAGUCACAUUUUCAGUAGGAAACAAGGUAGAUGAACCUACCCAACGUAUUGUAAAUGAAGAAGAUAGUAGAGCCUUUGCUGAAACUAUGAAAAUACCGUUCUACGAGACGUCAGCACGAAGUGGAGUUAAUGUUGAUAAGGUAUGGUAAACGUUUUUGUUUGUUUUUUGAAUUUUAGGUAUUAAAUUAUCUAAAAGUUGUUAAAAAAUGAUAGAAUGCAAGGCAUGAGACUUGUUGUUCGUUUCAGAUCUUCACUGAUCUCACCGAAAUUGCUUUAAAAUUGAAAUUAGAGUCCGCUUCGCAAGAACAAUCCGAAGGGAUCCGCCUGGGUCGACCACAACAAAAGUCGACCAAAAAGAAGUGUAAAUGUGGAUAA